CCUCCGCCACCACCCGUGCUGCGGACGGAGGCGAGAUGGCGGCCACUGAGGGGGUCGGGGAGUCUGCGCCAGGCGGUGAUCCGGGACAGCCCGAGCAGCCGCCGCCCCCGCCUCCCCCGCCGCCAGGGCAGCAGCCUCAGGAAGAAGAGAUGGCGGCCGAGGCCGGGGAGGCGGCGGCGUCCCCCAUGGACGACCAGUUCCCGAGCCUGUACUCGCCCACCUACGUCUUGUACAGGGACAGGGCGGAAUGGGCUGAUAUAGAACCAGUGCCACAGAACGAUGGUCCUAACCCAGUGGUCCAGAUCAUCUACAGUGAGAAGUUUAGAGAUGUCUAUGAUUACUUCCGAGCUGUUCUGCAGCGCGAUGAGAGAAGCGAACGAGCCUUUAAGCUCACUCAGGAUGCUAUUGAGUUAAAUGCAGCCAACUAUACAGUGUGGUAA